GCAGGGGCGGGGAUUUCUGGCACUUUCUGGGCUCCGCGAACGCUCUGCUCCUGGGUUCGCCGGCCGGAAACGUCGGCGACGGAGCCGCACCGCCGCCGCGGCCGUUCCUUGUUCUCCGCCGAGGCCGCGCCGGCACGCUGACAUGGCCAAGUGGGGACAGGGGGACCCGCGCUGGAUCGUGGAGGAGCGGGAGGACGGGACCAACGUGAACAACUGGCACUGGACAGAGCGGGAUGCCACCAGCUGGUCCAAGGGGAGGCUUCGGGAACUCCUGGUGGGUAUCACCGUGGAGAAUGAGGCUGGCCGCUGCGAGAUCAGUGAGCUGAAGCAGGUGGAAGGCGAGGCUUCCUGCAGCAGCCGCAAAGGAAAGCUGAUUUUCUUCUAUGAGUGGAACAUCAAGCUGGGCUGGAAAGGUAUCAUUAGAGAAUCUGGUGCGAAGCACAAGGGGUUGAUUGAAAUACCCAGCCUGUCUGAAGAGAAUGAAGUAGAUGACACUGAGGUGAACGUGAGUAAAAAGAAAGGAGAUGGGGAUAUUCUGAAGGAUCUUAUGAAAACUGCAGGCACCGCCAAGGUCAGGGAAGCCCUUGGAGAUUACCUGAAGGCACUUAAGACGGAAUUUACAAUGGGAAUGAUUUUACCAACCAAAGCUAUGGCAGCCCAGGAAUUGAUGGUUGAAAGGAAACUGAGGGAGAAUGCCCUGCAGGCCUCCUCUCCGGUGGCACUGGGUGUAAGGAUUCCCACUGUGGCUCUGCACAUGACAGAACUCUUUGACACAGCUAUCGAGCAGCUGUACAGAAUCUUCACUGUGAAAGAUUUGGUGCAAAAAUUUUCUAAAUCUCCCGCUGUAUUAGAAGCUGAAAAGGGAGGGAAAUUCCAAAUGUUUGAUGGAAACAUCACCGGUGAAUAUACAGAACUGUUAACAAACAAAAAGAUCGUCAUGAAAUGGAGAUGUAGGAACUGGCCAGAAGAACACUAUGCAAUAGUUGCACUGAAUUUUGUGCCUACGCUACAGCAAACGGAAUUACAAUUGGACUGUAAAGGAGUUCCUGUCUGUGAAGAAGAGAACAUGAAAUUUUGUUGGCAGAAGCAGCAUUUUGAAGAAAUAAAAGGUUUACUGCAGCUGACCACCCUAAAUGGUUGAGUUAGUUUGAAGUUUUUAUAAGGGCAUUACUUUUUGUAAGCAGAAAGUAUCAUGUUUACCUCCUCCUCUAGUGUUCCUUUAAAAAAAAUAAUUUAUACUAGAUGAAAUCCACAAACUAAUACAGAAUUGAAAGCACUGUUGAAUCUUUAUUUACUAUGACUAGACUCUGCACUGAGCUAAAAGCAAGCAAUGUGAAAUCAGACUGUUAACGUUACCGUCCAUAGAUGCUCCUCCGGGAACAGAUUGCGUCUCCGAGUGUGGAUAGUUGAAGUGUCCCAAGCUAAAGCUUGUCUUAGCGAGCCUACUUUUAGCUGUAAAUUUUUAAUUCAGGAAGAGACAAAUGGCAUGUUGGUACUUCCUUUAUUUUACUUCAGGGUUUUUAAGGUGUGUAGCUCUAGGUCGUGAAACAGUGGCAUGUUGCAUUCAGAAGCAUGUUGAUGUGAGGGCAAGCGGGCUGCAUUGUUAUGCUUCUCCCUGCAGCAGUUAUGCACUCUGGAGUGGCGAGGACUGAAAAGUCUAUGGAAAAAGGUACUUUUGGCCUGCCACUGUACUUCUCAUGAAGUAGCAACAGUGGACAAGUACAUCUCCUGGUUCACAGUUUUCUCAUUCCUUUCAUCUGAGAAGACUGAAGCAAGGUAUGUAAACAAUUAAAAGUCAUCACAAUCAGUUUAAUUAAGUGCAUAGAAUAGCAAUCAGUCAUGUCAAUAAAAAUAAAACAAUUAUUUUUA